AUGUUUGGCGAUAAGGAUGAUACUAGCGAAGGCCUUUCGAGCAAGGGUUUUGAAUUCCCUAAUGAUAAAAAUAAUAUUUAUGUUUUAUAUAAAAGAGAGAAUGAAGAUGAUAAAAUACUAAUUGAAAACAUAUGUGAUUUAUUUGAAAAAAUAUAUAAGGAUAAAACAGCAUUUACAGAAAUAAUUAAAAAUAUAAGUUUAUAUUUAAAUAAUUUAAAAAGGAACAACAAAUAUUAUGAUUUAAUUUUUUCAAAUAACAAUUUGUAUGGAAAAUAUGAUACAACAAAUGAGUAUAGCAAUUUUAAAAACAAUAUAAUAGAUAAAAUUAAUUCGAUAGACAUAAUUCAUAUAUUAUUGUCUUUCCCUUCAGAUCACAGUUAUUUAUACAAUACAUUAUUAUUAGUUUAUGAGGAACUUAAUUUAAUUGAAAUAAAAAAUAUAUACAAUGUUUUAUUUGAAUUAACAAAUUUCUUAAUAGAUAGAUAUGAUAUAUAUAAUGAUAAUUUAAACAGUUUUGAAUUAUUUGAUAAAUUUAUUUUAAAUUAUGAAUUAAAAUAUAUUUCUAAUGUGCAAAUACAUGACAUAUAUGAGUUUUUAAAAAACGACAAUGAAAAUUAUAUAAUCAUUUUACUUUCUUUGCUUAAUUAUUGUCUAAAUUUAAUAGAAAGUAUUAAUCAUUUUUUUUGUAAUGAAAAUGGUAAAUCUCUUAGUCUUAUCGACCAACUCGUAGUUGUAAAAAAAGAAAUAUACAACAAUGUAUGCAAAAUAAAAUAUAGCAAUAAUAAUAAUAAUAAUAAUAUUAUAAAAGACAAUAGUAGCAACAUACAUUGUCAAAAGAAAGAAAAUGAAUUUGUAGAAAGUAAUGGCUUACUUAUAAAUAAUAUUUAUUAUACUGAAAAUGAAAAAAGUAAAGCUUACAAUGAGUUUUUUGAGAAUUGUUUUAGUGUGGAAAAAGAAACUUAUAGUAAGGGAAAGGUUGAUAUGAUAAAAAUAGACGAUGAAAAAAUUAAUAAUUGUUUUUUUAUUUGUGAAUAUGAUGAUAAUAUUUUGUUAAUGAGAAAUUGUGUAAACGAUAAUGUAGAGGGGAUGACACUAAGCAUAGAUAUAAAGCACAGGUUUUGUCACGAAAUAAAACUAAAAUAUAUUAAUUUAGGAAUGUUAAAUAAAAUAAUGUGUAUAUUAUUGAAAGGAUUAAAAAUAUCUCAACAUUUAAAUGAAGAAAUUUGUAAAAAAACAUUAUACGUAUUUAGCAAUGUGAUAACAGAUAUAAUAAAAAAAUUUUAUAAAAAAAAUGAAAAUUUAUUAUUUUUGGAUAUUUUUUUUACAAAUAUAUUAAAAACAACUAGGGAAUUAGUUCAAUUUUAUAAUGGGCAAAUUGAACGUUCUCCUAAACAAACUAUGCUAUUUUAUAAAUGUUUUAAUAAAAUAAUAGAUCAAAUAUCCAUAUUUUUACACAAUAAAGUAUGCUUUAAAAAAAUAUAUUAUGGUAAUAAAGAUUUAAAUAUAAAUUAUAAAAAUGUUGAAAAAUAUUUAUACCAUUUUGAUGAGACAUAUUAUAUGUUAUUUUAUUUAUUUUAUGUUAUUAUAGAAUUAGCAAAUGAAAUAAACAAUAAUAUAUUUUUAUUUUUCAUUUGUCUAAUUAACUAUAAAUGUGAAAAAGAAGAAGAUGAACAUGAUGUAAAUAAUUUGAACAAAAAAGAGGAUAUACCAUUUUUUGAUGUAAAAGAAAUAUUUUUAAAUAGUGAUUUUAUAAACAGUUGUAAAGAAAAAAUGAAAGAAAAAAAUAUAAAUCGAAUGAUAACUAUUUUCUUAUUUUUAGAAAAAAAAAUUAAGAAUUUUUUUUCAUAUUUUAAAUUCAUAUUUUGUUAUGUUUGGGAAAAAUAUUCUAUAACGAAAUUAGAGAAAAUUGAAGCGGACCAAUCAAAAGGAGAUAAAAAAAAACAAUUUAAAAUUCGAACAAAUUUCGAAAAUAUUUUAAAAAAAAUAAAAUAUGUUUUACUAGACAUGUUUGUAAAAUACACAAAAUUAUUAGUAAUAUAUAAAUAUUAUUUUAUUCCUUAUAUUAAUAAUACAAAUGAUCAUGUAGGAAUUUUUUUUGGUGAAUUUAUGUUAUAUAUGAAAUCUGUAGAGAAAUUAAUAUUUUUAAUUUUUCCAAAUUGUUCUAAUAAAAUUAUAAAUAAAUUAGAAAAAUAUACUAAGCAUAUGCAUAAAAUAUGUGAAAAUAAAUUAUCAGGAAAAAUACAAGAUUUUGUCAAAUUUAAUGAAAACCUAUACGAAUAUAAUAAAACAAAAAAUAACAACAAUUUUCAUAUAAAAGAAAAAAAAUUCAAUAAUUAUGAAGAAAAUGAUAAUUACAAACAUGAAAUUGAUGGUGAUAAUAAUAGCCAUGGAAUUAAUUCUCAAAUUUUACAAUCAACAAAAUAUAAAACUUCAAUGUGGUGUAUAAAAAAAGACAAAAAAUUCGAGCAAAUAAACAAUUAUAUUUCAUACGAAAUUAUUCUUUUAAAUAUUUUUGGAAUAAUUUAUGCAAAUAUAUUGGAAGAAAUAUAUGAGAAUAAAUACAAAUUUAUUUAUUUUAAAAAUAGUAUAAUUCAUUUUGAAUUUUUAAAAAAAUUAAAAACUGCUAUGAUAAAAGAAUUUGAUAAAGAUACAAAUGUGUUUAACGAAAUAACAGAAAAAAUAUACAAUGAUAAAUUUAAAGAAAAAAAAAAUUAUAAUUAUUAUUUUUGUUUUCCUUACGAGUUAUUAGCACUAUUAAUAAAUUUUCAAUUAAAAUUUUUUAUGAACAAUAUAUUAAAUAAUUAUAAAAUAUGUACUAUUGUUAUUGAAUUUAUUUUUUAUAUUAGCUCUACAAUAAAUCCUUAUUUUUUUAAAAUAUCUAAACAUAUAUGGGGAAUAUUAGGAAGUUAUAUAAAUUUAAAUAUAGAUCAUAUAUCUUUAUUAGCGCUAACAAAUAUUUUUUUUCAUUUAAUAUUAGACAAAACAAAUAUUGAUAUAGAUAUAGUGGGCACAUUUGAAAAUAUACCGAAUUCUAGUAGUAAGCAAUAUUUUUUAUAUUUAUUUUUAAAAAACCAAACAUUUUUAAAUGAAAAUGGAAAAAAUUAUUUAUUUUUUUUACAAUGUAUAUUGAGGAAUAUCAAUUCAGAAGAACUCAUAGAAAUAGUUAUGAAAAUUUUUUAUAGUAAACUUCACAUUAAAUUACAAUAUACUUUGAAUAUAUUAUUGGAAUAUUUAAAUUCAUACAGUAGAUGUGUUAUUAAAAUGGAAAAUGAAAUGAAUAUAGAAAUUGAUGAAAAGUUUUGUAAUAAUAAAAUAAAUGAUAAUGAAAACAAAAUAAUUUCAAUUUUUAUAUAUCUUGAUGUAAUUAACAUUUUUCCUGAAAAUUUUUUAGAUAUUUUGAAUGAUCUACAAUUAAAGAAAGACAUUUUAAAUAUGUUUAAUUUUUUUAUUUAUUUAAAUAAUGAAUUUUCUUUGCUUGCAAAAAGGUAUGAAAUAUAUAAAUAUGAUAAAAUUUUUAAAAAAAUAAUCAAAAUAAAUGGAAAAGAAAAUUUAGACAAUAAAAAUAACGAAGAAAUGCAAAUAAAAAAUAUAACAGAUGAUAAAAAUAUUUAUUAUAAUAAUAAGCCAAAAAUAUAUUUCCCAAUAUUAAUCUCGUCUUUAAUUUCUUAUUCGUUAUUUUAUAUUUUAAAGAAUUAUACAUUUUCUAUACAAAAAAAUGUUAUCAUUGAUUUUUACAAAAAUUUUUUUAGUGAUAAAUAUUUAUAUACAUUAUGUAAUAAUUAUAUAUAUGUAAAAAUAUUAAACGAAUCAUUUAUAAUUUUUAUGUAUAUAAAAAAAAUAAUUAAAGAAACAAACAUAGAUAAUCAUAAUAAUGAUAUACCAAUACAAUCCAUUGAAUUAAAUUGUCUUUUAGAAAAAAAUGACAUAAAUAAUAAUUUAAAAAUAUUAUCAAGUUUUUAUAAAGUGUAUAUUAUUUUUUUUAAACAAUAUCCUCACAUUUUUAUUUUCUCUAUAAUAUUUUUAAUUAAAAAUAAUAUUAUUACUUUAACAAAUGAAUCGGAAUUUUCCGAUUUUUAUAAUCAAAUAUGUAACGAUGUGAAUAAAGAUGAUAAAUAUUCAAGUUUUUUUAAAAAUUUAAUCUUUUCAAUACUUAAUUCAUUUUUUUUUGAGAAUAGAAAGAUAAAUGAUCUAACUAUUGUUAAAGAAAAUUAUUUUAAUGAAAAUAUAAAUUUAGUAACCAUGGCACGACAACAUUUUUUAAAUUCAUUUUUUCAGUCUAAACAAUUUUCAGAUAUAUCAAAAGAUCAUUUGAAAAAUACUAUUUCAAAAUUUUUUCAAACAAAUUUCAAAAAAUAUAAUUUUUGUGAAAACGAUAUUUCUAAUUUAGUCAACUUCCUUUUGCCAAAUAUGCAACUUUAA